GUUAUUUAUACUCUUUCUUCUUUCAUAUCUUCCCUUUUGCUGGCAGUCCAGAAUCGCAGAGCUCGUUCAUCAAGCAAUCGAAAAUGGUGCAGCGUCUCACAUAUCGCACCCGACACAGCUACGCCACCAAAUCGAACCAGCACCGGAUCGUCAAAACACCAGGUGGGAAGUUGGUUUACCAGACCACCAAGAAGAGAGCUAGCGGCCCAAAAUGCCCUAUUACUGGCAAGAGAAUUCAGGGGAUUCCUCACUUGAGACCAACUGAAUACAAGCGCUCUAGAUUGUCGAGGAACCGUAGGACUGUGAAUCGGGCCUAUGGUGGUGUUCUUUCUGGAGGUGCUGUUAGGGAGAGGAUCAUUCGUGCUUUCUUGGUGGAAGAGCAAAAGAUUGUGAAGAAGGUUUUGAAGAUUCAAAAGGCCAAGGAAAAGUUGGCCUCCAAGAACUAAAUGAGUGGACAUGAUGUUGUUGAGUGAAAUUUUGACUUCCUUUUAAGUCGACUAUUCAAUAUGGAUCAAAAUGUUUAAUGGCUUUACUGUAUUCUGUUUGCUACUUCAGUUAGUUGACUACACUCUUAUUAGUGCAAUUUGUAGACACUCAAUCUUACUUUUGAAACAUGAUAUUUCUAGUAGUUUGAUUUCCGAGAUCUUUAA